AAGGUUCAAAACAGAGGGGCAGGUUCAAUUUAGAAAAUAACAGAUCGCCAUGGGGCACGGAGGCAACAAUGUCAUUCCCAAUGUGCACUUCCGAAAGGUCAAUGGUUGCCAGUCCGGUCGCAACAACCGGGUUUUCAUGCGAACCUGGUUGAACCAGGCUGGCCGCAAGAAGCGUCGAGCAAACACUCGCAAAGAAAAGGCAGCCAAGAUCUUUCCUCGUCCAUCUGCUGGAUUGCUUCGUCCAUUGGUGCACCCUCCAACACAACGCUACAACAUGAAGGUGCGAUUGGGCAAAGGUUUCACUUUGGAUGAGUUGAAAGAAGCAAACAUCCCCAGGAAAUUUGCCAAGACCAUUGGCAUCGCAGUGGACCAUCGCCGACGCAACCGAUGUACCGAGAGUCUCCAGGCCAAUGUGGAACGAUUGAAACUUUACAUGUCCAAGUUGCUGCUGUUCCCCAAGAAGUCUGGCGCAAAGGGCGUGAAAAAGGGUGACACCCCUCGUUCGGAGCUGCAGAAUGUGGCGCAGAACACCUUGAAGGAGAUUAUUCCAGUGCCAAAACCACAGAAGCGCAUCAAGGCGCGAGCCAUCACAGAAGAGGAGAAGUCUGAAUCCGCUUACAAGAAACUGAAGAAGGCACGAACAGCAGCGCACUACCAAGGCGAAAGGAUCAAGAAGGCCAAGGAGGCUGCAGCCAAGGCCGACAGCUGAGAGGCUAAGUUGGAAAGAUGAACCAUUUGUCCCUGCUGACCAAAAA